ACGGAGGAAGCGGUAGAGGAAAGACCCAUGUGAUUGUGCAGGUGUAUAAUGUGUACGAAGAAGGUUGAGAGAUUACUUCAAUGGUAUGUGUGUUGGUUGUGUUUGGGAAGUAGGGGUUCUAUUUGUGCUUAAUUAUCUAAUAUGAUGCGGUAUGGAGUUGUUUUGUUUUGUUUUUUCUUUUUUUUUUUUUGUUUUUGGGUAAUUUCAACUUCUAGCAAAUUUUUAAUAUAAAUAUUUGGUGGCAUUUUAGUAUAUUUUAUCCAUCAUUUAACAAGAAUUUUUACUUGGACAAUUUUAAAAUUACGAGUUUUUGAAAUUAGAGAUUUUUUUUUUUUUUUUUUUUUUUUUUUUUUCACCCAUUAUUCUACCCACCGACACAGCUGUUUUCAUUUCACUUUCAUCCCAAAAAACCUGAAAACCAGUCCAAACCUAAAACCCAAAACCCUAUAAAUGUCUUCUUCGCUCGCUAUUCGCCACGUCCGCCACCUCUCAACAACUGCGGCCGCUGCCACUGACGCAGCCACUGCAACUGACGCCGCCGCAAUCUCCAUCUCCAAGGCCAUAGCAAAACUCAAAACCGAAUUCGACCCAGACAAAGCCCUCGAGAUCUAUUCCUCUGUCUCCCGCCACUACACCUCUCCUCUCUCCACUCGCUUCAUUCAGGAAUUCACCGUUAAGCGCCUUGCAAAGUCUCACCGAUUCUCCGACAUCGAAACCCUAAUCGAGUCCCACAAAAAUGACCCCAAAAUCACCCAAGAACCCUACCUCUCCACCCUCAUUCGAUCGUACGGCAUUGCCGGCAUGUUCGAUCACUCCCUCAAAACAUACAACCAAAUGGAGGAACUGGGCACACCCAGAACUACGACCUCAUUCAAUGCUCUUCUUGCGGCGUGUAACCAAUCGAAGCUAUUCGAUCAAGUACCCCAACUGUUCGAGGAAAUGCCUCAAAAGUUCGGAUUUUCACCUGAUAAAGUCUCUUAUGGUAUAUUGGUCAAGUCUUACUGCCAUUCGGGUUCGACUGAUUUGGCAAUUUCGAGAAUGAAAGAAAUGGAAGAGAAAGGAAUCGAAAUUACAGCAAUCACGUUCACAACAAUAUUGCAUUCUCUGUAUAAGGAGGGGAAGAGUGAUGAGGCUGAGAGAAUUUGGAAUGAGAUGAUGGAAAGAGGGUGUUCGCCUGAUAUCGCGGCAUACAAUGUUCGGAUAAUGCAUGUCCACGGUGGAGAGCCGGAGACUGUGAAGGGUUUGAUUGAGGAUAUAAGCAAUGCAGGGUUAAAACCAGACACCAUUACUUACAAUUAUUUGAUGACUUGUUAUUAUAAGCACGGGAAGUUGGAAGAAGCUGAGAAGGUUUACCAAGGAAUGAAGGGAAAUGGGUGUCAUCGGAAUGUUUCGACCUUUAGGAUUUUGAUAUAUUAUUUGUGCAAGAAUGGGAAUCAUGAGAAGGGGUAUGAGGUGUUUAAGGACAGUGUGAAGUUUCAUAAGGUUCCCGAUUUCAAUACGUUGAAGCCUUUAGUGCAAGGGUUGGUGAAGAAAUCUAAAAGGAAGGAGGCCGAAGAUUUGAUUCGGACUAUGAAGAAGAAGUUCCCUUCUAACCGUUUGAAUGCUUGGAAGAGACUCGUGGAGGAUCUCGGUUUGGCUGCUGCUGAUUCUUCUGGUGAAAACCAAGAGGAAGGAGGCAAAAGGGUUGGUGAAGAAACCGCAAAGGAAGAAGGCCGAAGGGUUGAUUCAGAGUACGAAGGGGUUCCCUUCUAACCUUGUGGUUGCUUGGAAGAGACAGUAGGAGGAUCUUGGUUUGGCAGCUGCUGAUUCUUCUGGUGAAAACCAGUCCUUCUGCAACUAGAGUGAUUCACUUUGCCUGAAUUUUGUGUUUGAGGGAUGAUGUGAUACCGUGAAAUUCAUUCCAGAGCUUCCAUUGGAGGGUACUUAAUGCUUUGAAAGAGGGACAAGACAACUUCUUUGAUUUGUUUUCAUGUUAGUGUUAGUAUUUUACUUUGUUGCAUGUAAAUUUUGGAUUCCCUUUGUGCUUCUUUAUCCUUCUUUCUUAGCUAUCCUUUGAGUCAAGAUUUGUCAUGCCAAUGCUAUUGCUGAUAUGAAUGUUAACAAUAUCAUCCUAUACAUAUAAUCUGGCUCAAAAAGACGCCACUGCCUACGUGGGCAAUCUCGAUCCUCAGGUUUUUCUUCCUUCUUCCUAUUCCCUCUUUAACUUCUUUCACAAAUCAGAGCUUUUCUCUCAAAUGUAAUUCUAGGGUUUAUGUGCUUGUCUCUGAUUCUCAAACUGAUGGAUUGAGUGGCUUUAGUCGUUGCCAACUUCAUGUUUCGUAUUUUAUGGUUUUCAUUACUCAUGUAAAAUGCUUCAAAUUAUUGAACUUUGGGGAUGUUAUUAUUCAUUAAGAUUUACUUUCAAAAGUUUGCGUAGGUUGAUUUUUGCUUGAACUUUCCAACGGCUUCAAUAUAGCUCUGAUUUGGGCAUUUUUACUUUUCUGUAGAAAUAAAAAUAUCAAAUUUGUCACUUCGCGUGUUGGCUUCAAUUGGGUAGGGCUGUCACUUGUAUUGGAUAUUUGAAAUGUUCUUCAAAGUACGAUGAGGAUCUCUUUUGUACUUUUACCUUUCUAACUUUGAUACUUGAUUCAUGACUCAAUAUACUUUUGUAAAAAAAUAUUUCUAGGCCGAGAAUGAACCAACUUGUAUGUA